GUUUAUUACCUCGUAGGUAUUGGCAAAACCGUUUUCACACAGAAAGCUUCUUUCGACUGGUCUCAACACAGAUCUCCAGAAAGGUUAGGAGCGUUUGAUCUUUUCCUUCUUAUAAGAUUACGGGACGUUUCUAAUCUCCAAGAUGUUCCGUCUAUUUUGGCGGCUUCCAGAGCGCUGGCUAGUGAUGGCACAGUUACCGUGGACAACCUGUAUAACUACGUUCGCCGCCAUCAAGAAAAAGUCUUGCUUAUCUUGGACGGCUACGAUGAGUAUGUUUACACUGCUGGAAGGCAAUCGCCUGUCCUUGAAAUCUGGGAUAAAAGUCAGUUAAGAGAUUGCUGUGUUGUAAUUACUUCAAGGGAAAUGAAAGCAGAGACGUUGAGAAGUUCUAGUGAUGCGGUUUUCAAGAUAGACGGCUUUACCGAUGAACGCCAAGAAGAUUUCGCUCGUAGAUUUUUAAAAGAUGAUGAAGAUGUUAAAAAGUUUUUCGAAUACCUAAAGCAGCACAGCCUAAGAAAACUAGCACAAAUUCCUCUUCUUCAUCUGAUAAUGUGUCUACUCUGGAAGGGAAAAUAUCGCUGUGAAGAGAUAAUUUAUUGUUAUUCAGUUAUUUUGCUUUUGCUGGUAAAAAUAGGAAAAGCCAAUGUAGAAAUCAUUUAUUCUUUAGUCUAACUUCUUUUAGUCGUAAACAACCUGUUGAUUUAUUGAGCGUUAACUUAUUUGUCAAGUCAUAAUUGUAUUUAGUCUUCGGAGUGUAAUCAACCUGUAAGAAGCCGUUAUCCACCUGUGUAGCUUUUGGAAGUAAUUAAUGUUUCAAAGCAAGCUUAGGUUUCCACCAAUAGUCUUGUAGAAAUGAUUGUUGUGCUCUGUAAUUUGACUCGUUGAGUUGUGAUGUAAUCUGUAUCGCUUCGCUAGCUUAGGCUUAAAUACGAGUGCUUUUGUAGGAGUUUCUUCGGUUACAUCCAGGUCCAUCUAGUCCUGGUUACAUCCAGGUCCAUCUAGUCUUGGUUAUAUUUUGGUUGGUUAUGUUCCUGACUCUACCCGCAGUAUAGUCUUGGAUUAAACCUCUACAUUGGAGCCAAGUUCUGUUGUAAUCAUUGUCUCAAGGGUAUUCAGCAGGCGUAAGAGAUUCCGUGCCUUCCCGCAGCCAGCGAGUGUCCCCAGGAAAAGGCCUUUCCCAGAGAGUUUUUAGAGUUUUUCCCCGUCCGUCAGUUUACCCCUUUGUGAAGGCAAAACCUGUUUCCACACUGGUGUUAAAGUGAAAAACGUGUUUUCACACUGGUGGAGAAUCCGAGCAAUUACGCAAGGAAUACCAGAGGCAAAGAAACCUUACAGAACAGGAUGUAACCCCUUGGAGCAAGAGAGUACGCCCAAGUAAGUCAAUUUAACUUGAUGCCGAAGUUUUUCUCGAGAAGAAAAGAACCUUACAACCUAAGGAGCCGGAGUAAGAACCAAAGUACUCCGAAGUCGAAAGUAGACGCCUGCGUCGAGUGCGAUUUGCCUUUCGACGAAUCAAAAAUUGCCCCAGAAUUGAGGCGUGGGCCAGUUGCUAAAGAAGGAACUAGUUCAGAACCGUUAGAACCUUCUCACAAAAACUCUGUGAGGUUUAACACGACCAACUUGGAACCCGUAGAUAUUAGUGUAGAUUCCGAUAGCGACGACAGUCUUAGUGCUUUGGACCCACGGUGUCUCAGAGCUCUCGUAGAAUCUGAGGAAGAACUUUCUUCAGAAAACGGGUGAGAAAAAGAUAAAGAAAAAGAAAAAGAAAAAAAGAACUUUACGGAUAGCAUUUUUGCAACAGGUAGUCAACAGGUACCUGCGAGUACGUCACCUCCUACUGGUAGUACAUCGCCUCCCAGUAAUACAAUACCACCUACAACCACACCUGUAGAUCCUACAGUAAUUGAGCAACCAGAAGUGUUAAAUACUACACCAAUUGUUCCCGACAACGCUGCUGGUGGACAACCGUUACCAAAUAUUAAUUCACCUGCUGAUAUUUACGAACACUUUUCCCGGAGGGUAGACUACAGAGAUAACUUCAAAACGGGAACGCCUCCCAGUAGUAAUUUGACUGGAUCGCGUGAUAAGACUGACAGAACCCGUGACGACUCUAGUGGUAACAGUGAAUGCGAAUCAGCCUUACCAGCUACAAAUAUAGAGAGUUGUAACACGUGUGACGCUACAGGUACCAUGCAAGCAGAGCAGUUAACUAAAUUGCAAGACCAAAUAAUUGCUUUACAACAAGAACUUAAAUCACAACAAGAGAAAGCUCAUGUCUUCCGAACAAAAACUAUCAGUGCCUUUGAGCAAACUCCGAUUCCAGAUGUAUCAAGUCCGCACAGACCGACCGCAUUUCACGGUUUUGAUUCCGAGGAUAUAAAUCGAUGGCUGGAUAAGGUGGAAAAUUAUUUGACACUACGCCGGAUAGAUACAUCCACUCCUACCGCUUUGGCAGAACUUGUACUGAAUCUUGUUGGGUCAGCUGAGGACUUUUAUUAUUCCCUGCCUGGGGAUUGUAAGGAUACCUUUACUAAGCUGCGUGAUGCCUUGAAGGAGAGAUUCGCAAACGAAAACCAGAGCUGGAUUAUUUGGCAGGCAAUUACUACCCGCCAGCAGGGCCCUGUGGAGCCACUUGACACCUAUUUAACUGAUCUGACCGGAAAGUUUCGUCGAAUCAACAUUUCAGAUGCAGAUAAGAUGCGUUAUUUUGUUCAAGGGCUAAGGGCCGAUUUGAAAGAAACUGUUUUGCUAAAACAACCAAAGACUUUCCGGGAAGCGGAAGAAAUGGCCCGCCUCGCAUCAGCAGUUAAAACCACGAUGAGCAAUUCUAAUGAAACUGUUACGAUACAAUUAAAUAAUUUAACGAAGACCUUGAACACUCUGGAAGCCAAUAGUAGCAGCCCAGUAAGUACAAAUCAACAACAGUCGCUUCAAAGCCAGAUAGAAACAUUGACACAAAAAGUGAAUUCACUCAUGCCUACAGUUACGAAGUCAGAUAAAGUUGCCGCUUAUUCAGAGCCACAGGUGGAUUUCCAAAGUAAGAUUGAGGACCUUACUAAACUUGUGAAACGCAUGGAAGGUAACUUUCAGGAUCAAAUUGCCAGUUUGGAUAAGAGGAUGGACGCACGCAUCACUGGCCUCGCACAACGUCAGCGAGAGACUCGUAACACUAGGGAGCGAUCAAGAGAUGGCCGCCCUUAUUGUUAUGUAUGUGGUUUGCCUGGCCAUUAUCAAAACAGUUGUCCACGACGGAACAACCGUGAACGUGAACGUGACCGCACGCCAGUGCCCAGGUACGCGCUGCCUGCUCCUGAUAACUACACACUAUAUUCAAGUGGCCCUCAAGCACGACAGCGAGCCUUACCACCGCCGCCACAGAGCCGAAUAGCUGCCUUUCAGGACAGUACUCCAACCUCUUCCAACCAUCCGGAGUUGCCUAUACAUGACUCUCCCAAAAAUGACUCUGUUGAUUGGGAUUAUUAUUAUGGUGACUUUAACGACGAUGACUUCUAUGGAGAGUGGGAUUAUUGUUACGAUUGUGAAUCAGAAUCCGAGACUUACGAUUAUGCAGAUGACUGGGACAAACUACACUGGGAUCAAGUAUAUGAUGAACCAAACAUUCAGCAACCAAUUCUUUCCACACUUAUAGAAGAAGACCUAGGCAAUACAGCAACUGCUCACCUGCCAUACUUAGAAACAGAUGAUUUGCUGCCGUUGACUGAUGACGAAUAUCCAUCUGAAGACGAAACUGAAAAAGGGGAUGAGUUUGAUCUACCAGCUCCAGUUCCUUAUCCGUUGUUGCCCACAAUAACCAUGCACAAUGACAGUGCUGUCUCUAGAAUUUUAGGGUGCCUUACAAGCACUGAUCAAACUACAAAAUCAGUGAUGACCUACCCGCCAGCGGCAGUUGAUAACAUGCCACCCCCAUACCCAGGUGACGUUGGAGUAGAUCCUACUCAGUAUUUUGGAACUAACUAUCCCAAACCAGCGUUAGCAGGUUACAAUAAAGUAGCUCCUAGGAAGGCUCAGCCACAGACCAAAGAGGUAAAGCAGAAGUCAACAGCCAUUGCUUAUAGUACCCUGAACGCUGAUAACCACGUUACAGGAGAUUCCAGCCGAUCUCGCCAUGAAGACCUUCCUACAGAAAGCCCAACCGCUAUGCACUCUGGGGAGAAGGCGAGCAACUCAGUUUCGGCUCAAAAUGUCAGAGAAAUGGUCACGACUCAAGUCAGUAAACAGGUGAAACCCUUAACCAAUCAGGAAACAGACAGAACUACCAAGCUAGAACAGAACUACCAUGUAGCUCCCAAAGCGAUACCGAGUGACCAAUCAAGUUUCCCUUGCCCUGAGAUUAGACAGUCAAAUCCUGAUACUGGACAACCAGGUAGUAACCACUCUCUACGAGCGCAGAUAGUUUCAACAGAGCCGAAAACCAAAAGAGCAACUCAUUCUCAGCUUCAUAAUGAUUACCAGCAAGAAAUUAAGGACGAGCUUUCAAAAGUUAUAAAGGAUAUGGAAGGAAAUCUAUUGAACAAGAUUACAAUUUUGGAACGACGCAUGGAAGGAAACUUGAGACACAGUAAGGUACAACCAUGGAAAAGGACUUGCUUUUAUUGUGGAAUGGUUGGCCACAUUCAGAUCAACUGCCCCAUCGUAGUUGCCAACAAGGGUCCUAUAAUUAUAAUGCACGUCAUGAGCCUGAGCGAAUCCCGCAUCAAACCACUACGUUUCAGCCGACAUACACAUCCAGGGACAAACCUCGAUGCCAAGAUUCAGGAGAGGAGCCAUAUUACGUCAACCACAACUCGACAAAAGUUGGAGUUAUCCUGGACCAACCAAAGGAAGUACUUAAAUUGGGCCACCUAAACUCAGUUGCAGCAAACAGCUUCAAGCCAACAAGUUCCCAGAUACCCAAUGUGCCACCCGACUGCACAAAUGGUUUAAAUUCCCCGGAACAAGAGAAACCUAAGUACCAGCAGAAUACCCUUAUUUCCACUAGUCAAACGCCUGGUGAAAGAAUCCGCAACCAACAAGUCGCAACAAGUUGUACAGAAAAGUAUCCGCCUCAAGCAUCGCAGUCCAGCAAGACGCCCACUAUUAGGAAAAACGCGGUGAAGCUUCAGAAGACAGGCAAGUCAGCAGCAUUGCAGCUCAAGAUUCCAUGUAUGUUCGAGAAGUUUAUUUCCUGGUUCAUGCUACUAGUGCUCUUUCACCUGUGUUUUGCUUCACAAGCUCAUAAUUUACCUCAAGUGCAACGAACACCUCAAAAGCUCCACAACAUGCACGACUACCUCCAGUCUGCAGAGAAAGAAUUGUUUCCAUUCCCUAAAAGUGAUGGCAGAUUGACAACCGAAACUCAUACCCAUAAUUGGCAUCAACCAUUGUCUUCCACAAAGUUCAAGUACAAUUUUCCACUGCUGAAGGAUGACCCUUCCGACGACUUAAUACCGAGCGAUCUCACCAGUAAAUGACAAUGGCCAUCCACUAACAGAGAAAGCGACCUUCAGAAGAGGAAAUAGUUAGUGUGAAAUUUCUAAGAGUCCAAGAGAUAUGAGAUAGAAUAACGAAUACGCAGUUGAGUAAUAUAGAAUCAAUUAACAUAAGUCCGUCCAAGCCAGAGAGAAGGCUCGAAUAAUAAAAAACAUGAUACGGAGUUAAAAUAGACAGAAUCGAGAAUUGAGAAGUACUAAAUGAGAGUUUCAGGUAACCUUAAGUGUGACAGUUUUAAGCUAAGAAACGAGCGUUUGAAACGUAUAUAAUAACCCUUUAGUACCUUCGCUGAGUAAGAAUGCAUGUAAGUAAUUGCCCUCAAAAGGCGCAUAUUUUGAAGUACGUUAAUCUUUAUAUAGAUCAGCUUUUAUUUUCAUUGAACCCCCGAGGCCACUAUAUUUAGGCUAGUUCGGUUUAUGCCGCGGUUCAGGCACAAAAACAAAUACAAAAUUUUCAUUCGCUGUGCAUUUUCUUAAUUUUUCUCGUAUACUUUUAUUGUUUUCCUUUUCCUCUAAUCAGCUGAGGACAGCUGAGACUUAAGGUGGGAGGAAUGUGAAGAGAUAAUUUAUUGUUAUUCAGUUAUUUUGCUUUUGCUGGUAAAAAUAGGAAAAGCCAAUGUAGAAAUCAUUUAUUCUUUAGUCUAACUUCUUUUAGUCGUAAACAACCUGUUGAUUUAUUGAGCGUUAACUUAUUUGUCAAGUCAUAAUUGUAUUUAGUCUUCGGAGUGUAAUCAACCUGUAAGAAGCCGUUAUCCACCUGUGUAGCUUUUGGAAGUAAUUAAUGUUUCAAAGCAAGCUUAGGUUUCCACCAAUAGUCUUGUAGAAAUGAUUGUUGUGCUCUGUAAUUUGACUCGUUGAGUUGUGAUGUAAUCUGUAUCGCUUCGCUAGCUUAGGCUUAAAUACGAGUGCUUUUGUAGGAGUUUCUUCGGUUACAUCCAGGUCCAUCUAGUCCUGGUUACAUCCAGGUCCAUCUAGUCUUGGUUAUAUUUUGGUUGGUUAUGUUCCUGACUCUACCCGCAGUAUAGUCUUGGAUUAAACCUCUACAUUGGAGCCAAGUUCUGUUGUAAUCAUUGUCUCAAGGGUAUUCAGCAGGCGUAAGAGAUUCCGUGCCUUCCCGCAGCCAGCGAGUGUCCCCAGGAAAAGGCCUUUCCCAGAGAGUUUUUAGAGUUUUUCCCCGUCCGUCAGUUUACCCCUUUGUGAAGGCAAAACCUGUUUUCACAUCGCAAUGCACUGCCAAAGAAACGCGCAGAAAUCUUCACUCAGUUCGUGAAGACUUUGUUUGAUCACAUGCGUGAAAAACAGUCUGCUGAAUCGGUGUUUAAAAUCGAGGAUUACUCAGAUGAAUUAUAUGCAUUAGGGCGCUCAGCCUUUGAAGCUCUCAUCAACGAUCGCCUCUACAUCCUGAGAAGUGAAUUACCUAACUACGAUCUGAUCGAGAGGUUGAUUGAAGUCGGCCUUUUUCAGGUUUUAAAUAUGUCAAGUUUGAAUCCUGAAAGAGGUGUGUAUUUCAUUCAUAAAUCCCUACAAGAAUACUUCGCGGGAAGUUUCCAGAAAGAAGAACUGAUAUUAUCUAAAAAGAAUAAAAUUACAAAUUCCCUGUCAAAGCUGGAUUCGGUUGAAAAGAUCCUCAAAAUGAAUGAAGUGACAAAAUUUGCUGGUGAGCUGUCAGAAGAAGCCGCGCGCGAGAUUGUGAUUCAUCUGAUCAAAAUGGCGGCGAACGAAGAAGAACUGACGGAAUACACCUUCGACAGCGAAACACCGUCAUGGCGGGAUUUGUCAGAAAAACAAAGAAAUUUUCUAACACUCUGUACACAGUUGUUUUUCUACUGUUCAGCUGAGACAAAGAGAAACCUCUUUCCUACAUUUCUUUCCUCUUUCAGAGGAGUUCUUUUAAUUAAAGCAGACCAGCUAAAUGAUCUUGUGAAAGAAAAGUUAGUUAAAACUACCGUAAACGUACAUUACGUUUUUUUCACUGAUGACAAAGAGUAUACAGAGCAAGACUAUAAAAACUUAAUAAUUCUAUGUCAACAAUUAAAUGCUUUUAUUGUAAGUUGUUCAGAAGAAAAGAAAGCAUCAGAAUUUUUAAGCAACUUUAUAUGGCGCCUAGUUAAUGAAUUUUUCCUAAAGAGAGAAGAAAACAACACUCACCUGUAUUUUAUGAAAAUUAUAAAAGAUGAAGAGGAAGGCAUUCCUUUUCUUGCUUAUGAUAUGAUUAAGGCGCUUAUUAGUAGACAAGAAACAACAAAGAAGACAAACAUGAAUGGUGACGAGUCAAGUGAAGAAAGCAGCAGCAGCUGUUGUUCAAAGCUGCAUGGUCUCUGUAGGGUUCGGAAGAUUGAAGCUCAGUGGUUGGACAGGUCAGAAGUGGAACAGCUGAGUGAGAUGAUGCCGUUUAUCACCGCUCCACACGAGAUAGAGUUUUGGGGUGAACCCGGUGAAGUGUUGGAUGCUGAUGAGGAGUCUCUGAUGGGGAGCAUUCAACCAACACACAAACUGAAAAGCUUAAUACUCUGUCGUAUCAAUGGAACAUCAUCACUUGCUGUAGAGUUCAUCAACAGUUUAUUUAAAAAAGCUCCAAACUUGGAGUGGCUCGAGAUGUCACACAAUCCUCUUCUGGGUGCAGGAGUAGACAGCGUGAUUCAACAUCUCAGCUGCGCUCCUCACCUGAAGACACUGGACCUUACAGAAGUGAAGAUGACUCCACAGCAGGUGAAGAAUGUGACAUCAGCUGUACAACAGCACGGCAACAUCACUGUACUGCGGUCAUCCUACCACGUAAGUUUUCCAAUUUUAUCGCUAUUUGUUUCUUUAUUCUUUGUUUACAGUUUAUUUCUACUGAGCUCCUUCCUUUCACCAUAUUCCUUCCUUUGUCAUUUUUAUGCUCGACAAAACAUGAAAAUACGGUAUUUACUUUUGAAAACAAAUCACAAACUUUAGCAGAUUCAAAGUAUCAUUUCAAAUUCAUUCCUUUCAAUUGAUUAAACUAAAUUCCAAACAAUGUUUUAAGUUCAAGUUUAUGGUAGCAUAAACUGUUGUUAAUAAACCUGAGAAUGAUGCCCUAUGAAAGCACACUUAGGACAUACUAGCAACAAUCAUGUCUCUGUUCUUAUGUCACACAACGUGCAACAUUUGUAUAAGCUGUUGUACUAAGUAAUGGUAGAUACUAGUUCAAAGUACAAGAAGGAACAAUGAACACUAACUAGUUGUUUGAUUACAAUGUAUCCUUCGUCUUUGGCAAAGUCCACUGUAAGGUAGCAUGAUAUAUUACUAGACUCCACAUAGGUUCCAUUCAUAUUAUCACAUGCUUAUCAUGCACUUGUGCUCCUCUUUUUGCCGUACGCUACUGUCCUUUCCCAGUCAGUUCGUUUAGAGCUUCGGUUCAUUCACAACAGCGUUUUUUAAAAUUUUUUAACCGAGAACAAGUAAAUUAAUAUUACGGUGUCUGAUGCAAAAUAAUGGAUCAGCGAGCAGAUAUGAAAUUUCUCUUCGAGUCUGGUUCAACUCGAUAUGAGCUCACUUAGCAAACACUGUGUUACAUAUAGAAAACAAAAAUUCCACAAUAUUAUAAAUUUCGGAAUCAAUUUUAAUUCAUUCCUUUUUAUAAAAUGAUGAACAACAAGCAUAAAGUCAAAAUAUGUUCCGAUCAGUUCAUGUUCAAUUCAAACAAAUAAUUUGCAAAGUAAGAGAAAGAAGAGUUAACUUACAGUUUCACUUUUAUCGCUAAGGUUUCCUAAAAUCAGUCAAACUCACGAAAAGUUUGUUUGAGAGUCCAGAAAACGAAGAAGUCUUUUCAGACGUGUCCUUUUCUUUGAGUGUUCUUUGCGUGUCCUUUCUUAAAUGACCUCGUACAGUAGGAUAGGUUAUUUUAGAUAACUUUCUACAAAACAGACAAUUCCUCAGAGACAUCAGGGGCGGAUCUAGGGGGGGGGUGCAGGGGGUGCGCACCCCCUCCCCCCCCCCCUGAGAUGACCUGCGAUUUUUUAAUACAACUGGUAUUCUGCCAAAAAAAAACUAUGUGGUUUAUUGGUGUUGAAGUAGAGCAAGAGACGAGUGCACCCCGUCCUAAAAAAAAUCCUGGAUCCGCCCCUGGACAUGUUUGUUCAAAGUUAACGCUGUACAUUUUAUUGUAGGUAAAAGCACUGCACUGUGGUAUUAAUUGUCUAUUUUUUUCGUCGACAUGUUUUUCCACUUUGCUAAGUUUUUCUCCUGCUAGCCUCCACAAAUCCUUUGAAAAAUUCUGCAAAUUCCAGAGUAAAUAAGCCAAAUCUUUCUCCCACUGAAGUUUUACGUUGUUUUCGAAUCCUUUGUAAGUCCAUCUUGAGCAUUUUUGGGUUGAAUUUUUUCUUUGAUGAGCAAACUCAACUUAAGUGAACAACAAACUACAAAAUCAACAAACUGUCAUUCAAAGUGACGUGAGAGAAGGCUAGUGAUGUGGUAACAGAUUAAGCUGUCAAUCAUGAUAUGUCACGUGGUAGCAUUUUCCCGCCUUUUGUUUGCAUGUAGCGCCAGCAUUCUCGCCUUCCCGCGUUUUUGCAUUUUUCGGUCCUGUGACCCUGCAUUAGAAAAAGGAAACUAUACUUUCUGUUUAAAAGUGAGUUUUUCUAAAAUACCUUUUGGGCUUGAAAUUUCUUUGUCUUAAUUGCUCUUGCUUUUAAAUCAACAUGGGUGCCAAAAUAAACAGAUAGGUCGGCAUUGCGUACAUGUGUCUAGUGCGAAUUGAUAUCGUUGAAAAAUGUGGUCAUGAAUGGAAAGAGUUAGUUUGGUCGGUGCUCUGUUGCUCUUGUUGGAAUGCCCGUUUUUUGUCAAAGUGUAUUAGAGAGAGAGUUUUUGUGAACAUGAUUGUGUGUUUCAGACUUAUUUUUCUCCGAUAAUUGAAAAGAAAAGAGAAACAUAAGCACUCAGAGUUUAUUCCACAUAUGUACCGUUACCACCAUCCCCUCUUCCACCCAUUUUAAACCCCCUCUCCAGUGAUCUGAAGAAGUUUUUGACUCUAUUAGCGAAGUCACUCUUUUGUUUUGUAUGUUUGGUUAAGUUUCCGCAGCGACUACUUAACAUGAGCUGCGUGAUAGAGAUUUGACUGUUUAGGCUUUUUAUGAACUUGCUGAUAAUGGAGUUUUUACCUUUAUAUUGUUUCUAGUCUUCUCCGGUCCCGUUUCAAUAAAAUGAAAACUAAAUUCACGUCUGAAAACCUUACAUUAAAUGUUCGUUGUAUGGUCGACAUUUGUUUCAGGAUCUCGAUGGCGACCCCAAGCCUGAACAUAAGUGGCCGUCACAUCACGAUUGGAAAGAGUGGUACCCUCACCUCUCUUCUGAUUCUUCAUCUGAAUUAGGGGACGAUCAGGAACAGGUGGGUCAUAGAAAUAAGGUCAAAAGAAGGCAUAGUUUUGACAUGAGGUUUCUUCUUAAAAUUCAUUUCAGUUCACUCCUUGUAGUUUUAAUCAAUGUUUUGUAUAUUAAAGAUUUACUUAACAAAGGUUAUUCUUCAACUUUCACUGAUGGCAAAUUGACGUCUGUUUUUUUGGUCCUUGAUCACUGGACAUAUGAAUUGCAUUUAAAGCAACCGGCACUGUCGUUUUUGCUUGUCAGCUUUGCUGGUCUUCAGUCCCAAUAACUCUUUCGGCGUGUUUUAUCAGAUUAAAAACCCCUCAUUUUGUUUAAAAAUUUUCAUAGUUUUGCCAGUGGCUUUUUUUAAAAUCCAUUUCAGUUUACCUGUUUCAGUAAUUUUUAAUUAUUUCAGUAUUUUAAUACUCUCUUUCUCUUCAUGGAAAACCUUUCCUUGAUCAUUGGACGUGUGAUUGUGCUUUCAAAUUAACCGGUACCAUCGUUUUGCUAGUCAGUGUAGCGGGUUAUCAGUCUUUUGCUAUGUCUUAGCAAAACCUCUCUCGCAUCUCCUCAACGAAGGAUUUUCUUUGUUUUUAAAUGUCUUCUUUGAUCUUCAAAGUAUUUUUUUGCAAUGAGAGGUGUUUUAAUGUUGUCUUUUGUUUCGUGGCAGGAUGAUUCAUCAGCUGAAUCUGACGAUGAGGAAGAGUGGGUGAGUUAGCGACUUUAGCACGAUUUGUUACAUUCAUUGAUUGUAUUUGCUAUUUUCACUAUUUUAAGGAAAGUUUUACGACUCAAUCGUAAAACGCAGUCAAUGGAGCGUGACGCCCUCAAUCAGAAACAUGUAACGCAACGUUAUGCUAGCCCUUAUCAUAUCUGGUAGAGUUUUACUCGUAGAAGGUAAAAAUUACUGGGUGGCACGUAAAUUUACUUCCAAAGUUGGGAAAUUACGGAUACAAUAGCAAUCCUUGUUUAUGGUGCAUUUGGGGCUAGUUUCUAAUGUAUCGCUCUUUUUGUAUGGCUAGUAAAAAUAAUUUUCUCAUGCACGUCUCGUGGAGCACUUCAAGUGCAAGUUCCAUUAGUAGUACAGUAUUUAUCAUUGGCUUACCCUCAGAUAGCAGGUCGACUAUAAAAGGCCUGGUAAAAAUCCUGUGUCUCAUUCGGAGCUGUACUGCUAAGUUGUAAUAGUUCAACCGUCCGAAAGUUUUGUAAUUCCCACCUUUUCUUCCCGUUGCAGGUUUUGUUGUUGUUCUCAAUAAACACGGGCUCACCGCUUUCUUUCGCUUUCGGUUUAAGGCUCUCGGCGACUUCCCCAAGCUUUGAUUUUAACGCAAACUUUUAUAUUUGUUUGUAUUCCAGCACGUGCCGGCGGAGUCAGCUUGUAGUGCUGAUAAGAUAAAGUUCCUAGAACGGUAUAAUUGCCUACACCGUUCCAUUAAGUUGCACGAUGCUGGCCGGAGGUUUCAGCUCGUAGUGCCGUGGAGUGUUAGGCCGUAUUAAGUUUGUUUGCUUUUGGACCUACCUGAAUUUGUCCGAUCCGGCGCGCGUAAAAUAGCACCGGGGAGAUAAGUAAGGCUUUAUGGUCACUCUAUGGAAGUCGUCCGCCACGCCGAUCGCAGAGCAGUGUUCGCCCCUUUACGCCAUAUAUUUUGUUGUCGUGUUUUUCUUAGACUUCAGGAACUGCGACAUUAAUUAUAUUUUAUAAACGAGUAGGAGUUUCGUUUAUUAAGUUUAAAACACAAUGCGCAGCUGAGUUUUAUGAGAGUUUCCGAUGAUCGAUGGGUUGGGCUUUUUAAUCAUUCCAAGAAAACUGGAGCCAAAACUCGUCCGUGUUUUACCGGAUUUAUACACCCCUUACAUGUAAUUCGUUUGGAUUUUCUUCAUAAAGUGUUAGUGAGUUUUCUGGUCUUAUCUUAUGACUUAUUUGAACGUCAUUUUUCUCAGUAGUCUAGGUUUCGUAUGCGAACAGUUUCAUUUUUCUAUUAAAAAGAACUGCGAUUUUGGGAUUUAGUCACGUGCUAUUUAAUAGUAAGCAUGAUCAGUGUAGGGCUUUUUGUGAGUUUCGCUACUUGCUUCUUAUUUCGUCCACUACAUCCGCGAAAAUAUUGAAACUUUCGCAUAUAGUUGUACAAUUGACCUAUUUUUUUACUUGCUUCUCCUCGUGCACAUGACUGCCUGAAAUCAUGAACCUAAAAUAUCAUAUCAAGUGGAUGAUUAGUGUAUUAAAGUACGUUAUUUGUGGCAGAAUGAAGGAGGAAUCAUCGAACCUGAAGAUGAAAGAUCGUCAUCUGAACCAGAAGACAAUCAGGCACAGGUGGGUCAUGAGAUUUUGUGUGAGUCAAUAAUCAUUAAGGUAUUUUCUUCUUCACUUGAGUUUUAACAACCAUAUCGAGCACGUAGUCAACAAAGUUUCGAGAAAAUUGGUUGUUCUUAGACGUUUGAGAAUCUCUAUUCUUAUGGCAGUGGCUGAACGCCUCUACAGAACGAUGAUUUUACCCAUUUUUGACUACUUUGAUGUGGCCUGGCAAGGGUGUGGAAAAGUUAACUCUGAUGUUCUCGAGAGUUUACAGCAUAGAGACGCGAAGUAAAUUUUUGCAAAUUCUGGACUCGAUACUAGAAAACUGAAUGACACUUUGUUUUGUCUAGUGCCUUUGAUUAAUAAGCGUAAACUACUACUAAGCCUAAUCUAACGUAAUAAUAUCGAGUUAAUAACAUAAAAGAUUCAUGAUUGUGCAAAUAAGUCAAAAAUUAGGAGUUUUAUAACAUAUUAAACACAGAAUAAAGGGUAGACCAUUCCUUUUCACGGCCGGACGUACGUGAAAUGUAUUUUUCUACUUUAAUCUUGUCACGAACAAGGGAGACAAAUUCGUUAAAGAUGUAAGCUUUCCUGUUUAGUCAAGAGCAUUUUCAGAAAGGAAAUACUACUUUCCUAAUAUGACUGAUCUAUCAGUGUUCACUGAUAAUCCUCAUUGAGGUAAACUUAUUAAAAUAAUGGGGAUCUUAGUGGAAAUUUUCUGACGUGUAACUUUUAACAUUGUUGUUGUAGGAAGAUGUUUUUUAUUUAUUUUUAAGGCUUGCCUUAAAAAUAAAAUUCGCCAAAAAAAGUCCAGCGAUGAUUCUUUUCUCAAAUGAUGUGACUUUGCGGUGUAGUAUUCACAACUAACUAAACAGUUUAUUAUUUUUAUUUAUGAACUCAACAAAUUGGCCUGCUCCCAAUGUAUGGGUCUUCACAGCUCAAUUGGUAGAGCACUGCAGCGCUAACGCAGAGGCCAUGGGUUCGGAUCCCCGUGAAGUCCCGAAAUUUUUUCUCUUACCACUGCGACCAUCAUAUCUUCAUUUCGGUUUCUAUUUGAUUGAUCAUUAGCUGAUCACCUCUAGUUCUCGUCUAUCAUUGCACAGAUUCUGGCAGACACUCACCCCAGUGUUCAUGGCUCACCAUUCCUGGCUCACCAUCCCGACACUGUAGGAACAUUCCCAGUGCCUCCUGAUCCCGCUGGUAAGGUUUCAACUUCCCCGUUUUUGAUUGGCUUUUUUGAAGAGUUCGGAGCACCAAUGCGACGUUUUACACAAGUCCAUUGCGGUCAAACGUUACUUUACUUAAAAUGAUUUUUUUUUCUUGAUUGAAGGAACUCAUCAGGAGCGGUAGUGUUACUUGUGUGAUUCUAAUUUCUAUCCUUUUGUUUCUACAGCCGGUUUAGUUUUAGCGGAAGCUCCGACUCCCGCAGUGCAUGGAUCCAGCCACGGUCAGACAUCCUUCAGUGGAUACCUUCCUCCUCAUGUUGAUCCCCAGCAUCACUCCUCCCCUGAUAUCCACGCCCAUCAUCACAACACCCCGUCCACCAUCUUUACACCUGAAAGGUCCUGGAGAUAUCCCUACCCCAGUGGAUCUGGUCUGUCUACAGUUACACAGGGCGAGUCCCAUUUGAAAUGUUUGUUCGUUAAUGAGGUAAUGGAUCUGGAUUCCGAGAGCCUUUCUUAAAUGUUAUAUUAUUAAACAGUGGUUAGGAUUUGUCUUUACGGAGACGCCUGCUAGGUAAGAAAGUUGUUGAUAAGUUGAACUUAAGGUCCUUCGCUGUUCUGCAAGAUUUAUUCUCGUGACGAAGGUUUUAAGGAGAUUUGUGAGACAGUAUUCAUCUUCACUAUCAUUCCCCUUGUUUUAAGCUGGUACCAGGCUCCAUGGUUGGGGAAUGGGGCGAAUAGAACGGAGCACAAAAGCAAGCCGAGCGGGGGACUGGGGAGAAAAAAAGCGGCUGAACGGGGCUGAAAAUUUUUGAGGGAAGAUAUUAAAGCAAAACGAUACGGCGGACUCUACCACGGCAACCGGGAGUAAUUUUAUGAAAAUCAUGGGUAAAUCCUUCUACAUCUGAUGCAGUAGUCUAGCCUAGUAUAAUAGACACGCACCCCUAUUUUCCUAUCACGGGAAACUAAGUUAUGGGGCGAAACUGCGAAUGCUACGACACUAGGCAUGCCGAGUAAUGAGGGUUUGCGACGUCAACCGCCACCAGGGAAGGUGGGAGGGGUGGGGGGGGGGAACUUCAAGAUCACUUGCACUGAAAUCAGUUGAACUGGCCAGGAGGCGGUAAAAUGCAAAGAGAAGGCAGCGUUGCAUCGUGCCACUAACGCGCAAACUCGACAUGACGGAAAUUAAAGGAGUUUCUUAUUUCCGGCGUUACGGGAUAAUCAUGUAUGCAGUGAGAAUAGUUAAAUUUUGACUACUCACUUAACCCGUGUGGAACAGUUGUUGUAAUAUAGAAAAAAAAAACGCGACACCGGAGAUUCGCUGAAAAAAAAAAAGCAUAAAAUAAUAUUGAGGGUUGAUUUGAAGAAGGCCCUAUUUAGCCGAUCACAAAAGAGGAGUCACGGUCGAGCGGAAAGUGCUCCACACACAGUUCCGGGCUUGGCGCACUUUCUAGGGCUUGGCGCUCGACUUUGUCUUCAUCCUUAGCGUCCGGCUAAAUAGGGAGCUUUUAAAAAGCAACGACGACGGCGACGUCAAGGGAAUGGCAAUCAAAACAACCACUUUGCACGUGCAUCACGCUUUUUUGUACAUUUUACGUUUGAAGGAAACAGUUAUUGCUUGACAAUCGUAUGAGGUUAUCAGCUUGUUUUCUUUCUUGUCUCCUCUCAAAUCCACAGACUGCGGCAGCGUUGCAGAGGAACACUCGCCCCAGUACUCACGAUUCACCGCUCCCUGUUUACGGUCAAGAAACCGUAAGACCACUUCCAUUGCCUCGCUAUCGUGCUGGUAAGGUUUCCUUUUUUUGUCCUCUCCUGUCAAAACUACAACAAUAAUUCUACUAUUUGAUAAACGCCCUGACGGAUUUGGGCACUAAUAAGACAAUGUUCAAGGACUUCCGGCGCUUAAAGUUCUUACUUUCCCUGUCCAAAAAUAGGCAAAUCCCAGUUCCCUUUUUUUGCCUUCGAAGGCUUUCUUACUGCCGAAUGUUUUCGUUUUUAUUGACCCAGAAGAAAGAGGAUGGAUUUAUGUCAUGGUCAAAAGAUAAUUUUUUCUCGCGGAACAACCACGGGAAAUCACGAACUCUGACUCAAUCAGGAUAGAGGAUUCGCUUUAUCUUGCCCGCUCGCGAAUUCAGUCGUAUUACAGAAAGCCUUAUAAAAUAAAAAAAGGGAUAAAAUGGCACGGCUUUUUUUCUCGUCUGUAAUCAUUACUUUUCCAAUUGUUUAUUUCCUCAUGUCUUGUUUCGGCAGAGUCUAUAUUGCAUCGUGAAAAGAGGGUUUGUAACUGAUAUUGGAAAAGGAGGAAAUCUGUAUCUACUUUAUGACUGUAAAUAUCUUUAAUCAGUGGCUUUCACUGUACCAUCAUGUUGCUUGUGGAAUUAUAAUUCCUACUAUUGUCCCUUAUAGCGGAAGUUCCCAUUUCUGUGGCGCAUGGAUUCAGUCACGACACGGCGGUGUUCGGUGUAUCCUGCCCUCAACCUCUUUACCCACGGCAUUACUCCUCCCCUUAUGGCAGCACCCACCAUCACAGCGGCCCAUCCGCCAUCCGAAGGUCAUUGGGUAGCGGUCCGUAUCCUGGUGGUUCUGGUAUGUCUACCGUCACACAUUCGCCGGAAAUGCAGGAAUUUUGUUCUCCUCAUAGAGCGCUGAGAAGACCACUGCGUGGAUUACAACCUCAAACUAAAAGUCUGUCGGCGUCUAAUCUUAGAGGUUUGGGUGUGUCUACGAUCACUCAACCCUCAAGAAUCCAAGAAAUGCCAAGACCGCCACCCCAUGGAUUGCAACACCAAAGUGCAAUUCCAGACUUUCCGAAUCUUGGUGGUUAUGGUUUAUCAACAGACACCCUCCAGCCACAAAUCCCAGAAUUGCGUGCCUCGUAUGGAACGCCUAGUCCGUCACUGCAUGAAUUGCAACCGCACCAUACAUUUCCAGGUGCUUCUUAUCUUAGUGGUAGUGGCCUGUCUUCAGUCACCCAUCUACCAGGGUUCUCCGGGCGUUCUUCCCCGUUUGGAACAAUAAGACCGCCACAGUAUGAGCUGCAACCGCAAGGUGCAAUUCCAGGCGAUCCGCAUCUUAGUGAUCCUGCUACGUCUUCAGUCACACACCCGUCAGUAAUCCGUUUUCCCUCAUAUGGAACCCUAAGACCCCAACUGUAUGGACCGCAGCUUCAAAGUGUAAUUCCAGGCGAUCCGCAUCGUAGCGUUCCCUUUGCGUCUUCCGACACACACCGGCCAGUAAUUCCCGGACGUUUUUCUCCGUAUGGAACGCUGAGAUCAGAUCCGCCUAGUUCCCAAAGUACAAUUUCAUUUAUGCGCGGGCAGGAGCACAAUGCGGACGAUGAAACUGAUAGGCCUUAA